CAAAACACUUCAGCCCAUCACACGGCCCAGCAUUGCAGCGAUUACCAGAUGUAACUCACCCAACCCCAAAGCUCCUAAAGCCCUGCUUCUCAUCCCUCCACUGCCCCUAAAACCCAUCACCCCCUUCACCAACAGAGCUCCUCCCCCUCUUGCCAGCCACCACCUCCUCCUUCGCUCCUUACCCACUUUUGUUGUUUGAACACUCCGAGGCCAAGUCUUGACCGCCCUUUGCUUCAGUUCUUCUUCCGCUGCUUUGCUCCCGAUUUGGCCACGAAUCAGAGAGGUUGUCUUGUGAAAGAUGAGUCUCAUAUCUCAAAAUAUUCCGUCGGCUUUUAAAGCUCGCAAGACUAAUAGGGAGGAUACAGAUGAGCCAUCAUUUCUGCAAGGGAAUGAACACAAUGGAGAUGGAAAAGAAUCUAGUUUAGAUAUUAUGAGGACAAAGAAGAGAAAGAAAGCACGCAAGGAUGACGAUGAGAAGGUGGCAGUUGAGCAGGAAAUGGAAAUGAAGAAGCUGGAAAGCUUUUUGUUUGGAUCAAUUUAUUCCCCAGUUAAAUUUGGGAAGGAGGAUGAGGAGGAAGCUGGGGACACUGUGGAUACAGGCUCUGCUUUAUUCUUCGUGGACCGUUCUGCAAAUAGUUUGGCCCCUAUUUAUGAAGAGGAUGCAGACUUCUCGGAAGAGGAGAAUAAGCAAAGGAAACCUGUCUGGGUGGAUGAUGAAGAGGAAAAGGCCAACAUAAAUAUUGCUAAAGUUAACAGACUAAGGAAGCUGAGGAAGGAAGAUGAUGAGAGUUUGAUUUCGGGUUCAGAGUAUGUGUUAAGAUUGAGGGCUCAACAUGCUAAGCUGAACCCAGGCACAGAAUGGUCUCACCUUGAUUCAAAGUUGAGGAACAAUAGAUAUUCUGAUGAUGAAUCAUCAGAUGACGAAAAUGGGGUAGUAGUGGCCCGUGGCUACAAGGAUGUAGAAGCUGUUGAUGAUCUUCUUCGUACAAAUGAGGAUCUUGUUGUGAAGAGCAGUGGCAAAUUGCUGCCUGGACUUCUUGAAUAUUCAGUACUUGUGAAUGGAAAUGCAGAGGAACCUUCUAAAGGUCCAAUUAAUUCAGUACAGUUUCAUAGAAAUGCUCAGUUGCUCCUCACUGCUGGGUUGGAUCGAAGGCUUAGAUUUUUUCAGAUUGAUGGAAAACGGAAUACUAAAAUAGAAAGCAUCUUCCUUGAUGAUUGUCCCAUUCGAAAGGCAUCUUUUUUGCCUGAUGGAUCACAGGUUAUUAUAGCUGGAAGGAGGAACUUCUUUUACAGCUUUGAUUUAGUGAAGGCAAAGGUUGAUAAAAUAGGUCCCCUGGUUGGUAGAGAGGAAAAAAGCUUGGAAGUUUUUGAGGUUUCCCCUGAUUCUAGCACAAUUGCCUUUGUGGGCAAUGAAGGUUAUAUCUUGUUGGUUUCCUCUAAAACGAAGGAAUUGAUUGGGACACUCAAGAUGAAUGGAACUGUUCGCUCUUUAUCUUUUGCCAAUGAUGGGAAGCAAUUAUUGAGCUCUGGUGGUGAUGGACAGGUUUACCACUGGGAUCUGAGAACGGGGGCCUGCUUCCACAAGGCAGUUGAUGAAGGUUGCAUAAAUGGUACAGCUUUGUGUACAUCUCCAAACGGGACCAUGUUUGCUGCUGGUUCAGACAGUGGGAUUGUCAAUAUUUACAAUAGAGAGGAGUUUUUAGGGGGAAAGAGAAAACCUAUCAAGGCCAUCGAGAAUCUUACAACCAAAGUAGAUUUUCUGAAGUUCAAUAAUGAUGCUCAAAUAUUGGCUAUUUGUUCAAGCAUGCAGAAGAACAGCUUAAAGUUGGUACAUGUUCCAUCAUUUACUGUAUUUUCCAACUGGCCUCCUCAGAAAAAAGCCCUACAUUAUCCCCGAUGUUUGGAUUUUAGUCCUGGCGGAGGCAUCAUGGCUGUGGGUAAUGCUGCUGGAAAAGUGUUAUUGUACAAGUUGCAUCAUUACCAUCAUGCAUAGGGUGAAUGUUGUGAGGGGCAGUAAUGGAUCACUUAGAGGUAAGGUUUACCGACAUUUCCAAUUAAAUUGGUCUGGAAAGACAGUUUAUCUUGGGAUUCACUCAUAGGUGCCAAGUGCUAGGAUGGCUUCUUUUUCCAGAAAAAUUGCUGCUCUAGUUUUGACCUAUAAUGUAUUUCUUUCCUUUUUUCCGGACAUUGUACCAAAUUUUCAUUAAAUUUUUUGGUGGCAAGGUCUGCA